AUGCAACAGAUGGAAGUUGUGGGUGGGAUUGAUGAAAGAUCUGGUGUAUACAUACUAGAUGAAGAUGCUACUACUGCAGCAGACUUCUACAACCAGAAUAUCUGUCAAUCAGAAUGUAUUUAUAGAAGAAGACAUGAUACAACAGGAGAAUUGUUCUGUUUUGGAUUUGGCUCAUUAACAUCAGAAUGUGCUGAUUGUGGAAUUUCAAAUAUCCUUCCGAAGCCAAGGAUACAGAACGGAAAACCUACAGGACCAAAUAAAUAUCCAUGGAUGGUUUUUGUAAUUACAAUCUUAAAAACAGGGGAUAUGUUAACUUGUGGUGGAUCACUGAUAAAUAAACAGUAUGUCAUCACUGCUGCUCAUUGUACGAUUGCAGCAGAGCAAAUAAGUGUUACCUUAAGUGAAAACGACUUUGAAGCUGAUGAUGGUGAAAAAAAUGUCCAAGUUUGUGACAAUCCUUUGGAGCAUCCUGGGUAUAAUGAUUCUGAUUUUAUGGCCGGAUGGGACAUUGCUAUUAUUAAACUCUGCAACCCUGUUCGUUUUUCACAGACUGUAUCUCCAGUAUGUCUACCUUCUAUGCAAAGUGAAGGAACUGAGUUUGAAAAUCUUGAUGCGAUAGUGACUGGUUGGGGGAUAACAUCACCUUCCUCAAAUGUUUCAAACCUACUAUUAGAAGCAGAGGUUAGAACUUUGAGCAAUGCAGAUUGUUGCAAUCCUGACAAAGGUCACUUAUACGACUGUCCUUUUCCUGAUAGUUUAAUUUGUGCAGUAGGGGAUGGGGAAGCAGGAGCAUGCGUGGGAGACUCAGGAGGUCCUUUGAUGAUAAGAAACUCUAAUGGGGUAUUUACCAUAUUUGGAAUUGUAUCAGGGGGUAAUGCAUUCUGCACAAAGGUAUACAUAAUGCAAUAAUGUUAUUCUACAACACUGGAAAUAUUGAUAUUCAUCAUAAUCUUUAAAAACCAUGAUAUUAAUUUUCAUUUGUUCAUCUUCAUUCCCUCGACAAUUUAAGAAAUAUUUGGUUUGGCUACCAGAGAAUAAUUUGGUCAGAGACAACCUUAAAACAGAGUAAAAUUGUGGUUUAUAGUUUACAACCAUACAU